AUGAGUGAGGACCUUGUAUCAGUUUCGUCUUGCGUAGAAUCAUUUCAUUCCCUAUCGCAAUGCACAACAUUACGCGAAAUCACGAAUAAGCUGACUGUUCUGUAUAACCAAUUAAAAACAAAAAUCCCGCGGAAGCUUUUUCCGCAACUCUUCAUCACCAACAAUGGUUUCCAAAUUCUCAGUAACGUUUUGGCCCGUCUAAAUUCAGAGAAUGACUUGUCUCUAGAAAUCUUUGAAAAAUGUCUUCGUAUUCUCUCACUCGCAACUUCAUACACUGUUCUCCGUUCUUGGCUCUUAGUUGAGCGACACGUCGAGUACUGGUUAGCGAAUGCAAUCGUCAAAUUGCUACCGGGCGACGGUGCUCCUUUGAAGGGACACCAUCAACGAAAUACAUCUCUAGAUGCUCCGUACGCUUCAUUGCUUGAAAAGCUUUCCACAAAAGUUUUAAAUGCUCCCAAGGUUGAUCAAAGUGCUCGAGAUGCGAAAAGCGCUCUUUUACUUCGGAGAGUAAAGCUCUCGUCUGCCCUUAUUUCCUUCGUUGUCAACGACUCUGACAACAUUGCAGAAGCAUUUACUAAAAUUGUACCCGAGGACGUUCCCGCUAAAGAUAUUUAUGCGUCUUUCCUGACGGCGCUUGUUGGAAAGCCUUUGUUUUUUCCUGAUCUUCUUCCUUUAGUACUUGACAUUCUCAUAAAUACGGAGCUGCUGCCUCCAUUCGUAAACUUUUUGUGCGAGACACUCAAGCAGAGUGUCUUUAACCGUAUUCAAAUCGCUUCUUCUAGUGCCCUCGACUUUCUCAUGGUCCUUCUCUUUCCGCAAUCGGAAGAACCAUUGGAUGAGUCGCUGGCCAACCUUUUAAUUGAGAUUACUGAAUUGUCUGCACGAUAUGGAGUUUCGAACAGCACCUUAACCCUCGUCCUUGAAGAGUACAAAAAGAAUCCCAGGGUUUGGAUACGCGAGUGGAUUCAGAAAACCAUGGACGCAUGCCAUCCUCCUUGCUUUUAUUUAAAUCCUAAUUUGAAAGGUUAUGCAUCUGUGGAUUAUGUGCUCAACAACAUAAAGCUUGACGACAACGGCUACACAAUGUCUUUUUGGUUGAAUGUGGAUGACAUUCCGCUUCCCCAAUCUACUACAUCUUGUUCCCCCAUUACUCUUAUAUCUUUAGCGGAUGUUACAAAGCAGUGCUUAUUCCGAGUCGUGUACUUUGCGGACGACAGGACUAUUCGUUUUCAAUUCGGCGAUAGUCUUCAAAAUUCAGCAACUCACAAGUUGUACGACUCAUCGCAUUCUGUGUCGCAGAAGCAUUCAUUGAACUCAUCCCUUUACGGGAAUUGGCAUCUCAUCUCUUUUGUGCAUGUUAAAACUUCGAACACUCUUGUAUAUUUUAUUGAUGGUCAUGCUAUUGAGUAUAAUCAAUGUCCUUAUCCCUUCUCCCCAUCCAUUUUACAGCCUUAUUACAUCUCCGUUGGUGCCAAUCCAAAACAGCCAGAAACACAGUCGGAUGCAUUGAGUGAUUCAAUAUCCAGAUUCUCCAUAUCUAAGCAGUCUACUAUGUCUGAAACCGAUACCGCUCCAGAUACAGUAAAUAUGUAUCCCGAAAUUUACCUCGGAAUGGUACGAAUGCAUUCCUUGCCUUUAUCAUCCUCGCACAUCGCUCUAAUGUAUGUACUUGGCCCUGGUUUUGCAGGUUCGUUCCGUGAAAAUCUCGCGGAUUACAUGAUCUAUAGUGCCUCAACGUUUCUUAAUCUUACAUUUGGUGACAAGAUCAAUAGCUCAAAUCGUGAUUAUCCGUCCGAUUCGUUGGUAUUUGUUUCCAAUGCCAAUGACUAUGUGAAUAUAGGUGACGAAGGAUUGCAUAAACUAUGCUCGCCGGAUACCCUCAACGUGUUGGACAACUUGAAGUCACAGUUUUACUCUCGUAUUUAUCUUAAUCGGGCCGCAACGUCCUAUGAUCACGUCUUUUCCGCAGCUCAUUUGUCGUUUGGCGUUUCCUCUGGUAUCAUUCUACCAUGCGUGUCUCAAAACAUCAUUGAGGCCGCUUACAAUAUUGGUGGAAUAUCUGUACUGUUGGAUUUCGUUCGGUCGGCAACGGAUGAUGACAAUCUCUUAUUUAGCUUGGAACUGUUCUGUAAGGCUAUCGAUUCUGAAUGGAGAUUUGCCGAAGCUGCUGAACAAGGCCAUGCUUAUGAAAUCCUUGCAAGCAUACUUCGCUCAAAGUCGGACUCGUUGAUAAAUGAAAAGACCUUGUUGCUGAUAUCUCAAUAUUGUGGACUAAGUUUGGACCCUGUGCCAAGCGUCAUUAAGAAUCCACUCCUAUUUCACACACUCUUUUUGGAUUUUGAACUGUGGGCGAAGUCUUUAGACUUAGAUGUUCGUCUGCAGCAUCUUACUUUAUUACUUUCGUUGACUGAGAAUAAUCCUUAUGCGGCUUUCAAUGUUAAACGUCUCUCAAAAAUGCACUUACUGAAAAAACUACUGUUUUCUUUACGCAAUUUCCUUUUCUCCGUGGAAACGUUACCGGUUCUAAAAAUGGUCUUCCAUUCCAUAUUUAAAUACAUGUUCACUACGGAAACAAUACGAAUGGUUGCAACCUUCGUCGUUUAUUCCACACAGAACAGUAAACGUGUCCGUCGUGGCUCUAGAGCUUCCGAUUUAACACAACGUCACCCGCUACGUGGUACUCGAUUUACCAUUAAGCAAGCUGGUCGUAUGCUCUGUGAAAGUUUUAUUGAUUUCCUUACAAACUCAGAAAAUGGUGCUGCAUGCAUUCGUCGCUUUUCGUCAAUGAUUACAUCAAUGUGGCUCCUGUUUCUUUUACGUGAACACGAUACUAAUUACUUUCUUUGUGGUCUGAAACUGUUUACUCAACUCAUUCGUGUUAUGGGUUUCGUUUACAUUGCCAAACUUCAACAGAAGUUUUAUGGUUUACGAAUUCUUGGGAAGCAAUUAGCAAUGCACGUGAAUGACGAGGAGACUUGGAUUCUCCUUGUUAGUAUGUUCUUGGGCUAUGGGGUACAUAAGAUACAAAGGUCGUCGGAGAAGACUCUUAAAGAGAAGCUAAACGAAUUGCUGUCAAGUGGACUUGAGGAUGCGUAUCCCGUUAUGGAAGUCUUCAAUUUAUUAACACAAUCUAUAGAAUAUGUACUCAAGGAUAAUUUCAAGGUACUUGUAAAUCCUGUCCCCUCUUGUAUCGAGUACGCAACGUCCGUAACAGAAUUCCUUCUUUCUCUACAAACUUCCUUUUUUCUUGAUCCAACUCACAAAGCUCUCAUGUUGGAGGAGUUUUACCGUUUGGUAAUGCCGUACACAUCUCUUUACUGUUAUCUUUCUCCUGCUGAUGAACUGGAACAAGUUAGAGAUACAUUAGAGAAAAGACUUCCAAGAACCACCUCUCUUAGUCUCCUCAGCGCAGGCAUGACUGGUCAUCAUCGUCGUGUUUCGAGUAGUACUUUUGGCAAAAAGGUUCGAUCAUUGUCGACGUCCAAGAUCAAGUAUCUCAACUCUUUGGACAACUAUUCAAAGCUCGAAGUCGCGCCUUCAAAAACAUCGAGUUUUCUGAAAGGCUGUACUGACUUACGAAACACGAUGGUUGAUUUAUUCCCGGAAUGUCGUGUCUCAGAAUUACUACGAAAUGUAGACAAUUUGUUACUGCGAAUUUAUUUGCAGGACAUUUUCUGCUCCGCAGAAUGUCAAAAUUUCAAUCCCAUUCCCGGUAUUUACCUCCAAGCACAAAGGCAUCAAAGAUUGUUUGUCACUGCAGUUUCAAAAGCUUUGUGCGAUGAGAUAUUACAGGUAAUCGAGAAACUCCCGGAUCUCAUGUUUAAGACCUGGGUGCUGUCGAACCUUUCUAUUGUUUACUGGAGUUUGACUUGCUUAUGGCACCAAGGGUAUAUAAACUCCAGCAUAUUCAACAUAAGGGACUUCGGUGGACAUCUGUUAGAGAAGUGGCAUAACGAGAGUAAAAUUCAUGAAAUCCCUAAGACUGUAACACAAAUUAUUGCAAGGUUACACGCAUCAUUCGUUCAUUCUUAUUUGCUGGCUUUUGUUCCACUCAAGGAAACUUCAGUAAACGAGCUUAUGUCAAUCCUAAAGCAACUUAAGUAUUGGCAAAGCAUAUUUUUUCAGGCGUCUUUCUUUCAGCUGGGUUCUCUUGACUUGAUUUGGUAUGUACUUUAUCAAAUAGUCCUCUUAGAUGUUCCUGAACUUCGUACUGAAGCAGUCGACGUAUGGCGCAUUUUCUACCUUCAUUUCCACGCCAAUGAUUUUCUCAGCAAUAGAUUUAAGGACACCGACAGUUCACUGCAGCACGGCCUCUCCUCUGUUUUGGAAACAGAUUCUCGACAGUUUCUUACCUGGUUUGAUGAAAAUAGAAUCAAUAUCAGUAAGCAUAUGAUGGCAGCUUACGAAGAGAAUUGGCAAGAUUUUGUGAAAUCAGCAAACAAAUCGAAACGUGACAAGACAUCUGCCACCAAUAACACUCGUUAUUCCUUCAUCAAACGGCUUAUAGCUACAAGUGAACUUGAAUCGCAAAAGACGUUUGAGACAUCUGCGUCUAUUGAGUCUUGGAUGAUGAAUCUUUACGCGUUGGAAUGCAGUCGGUUCCGGAAAAUGUACCAGGAUCAGUCUGACCAAGACGUGUUUAUCCGAAAUGCUCUUCAAUCUAUUGAGAAUGAGUUAACUUUACGUUCAUUCCUUUUUAAAAGCGACGACAUUCUAUGGGAACUUGAUUGUACUGAGGGUGCAGAGCGCACGAGAAAACGUUUAAUGCCCUGUUUAUUACCAAAACUGAAGAGUGAGCCAAAGUCUAAACGCGCUAGUGGAAACGGACAAAAGUACAAUGCACCGACUUCAGAGCCUGGCAAAAGCAUAAAAGAUGAACUUUCGCAAGCCAAGGGAUUGAUUGAAAAUGCUAAGCCCGUUGACUUGGAUGCAGAUGAGAGUACAGCGGAUAAAGACACUGAAGAUCUUACUGAGGAAGAAGAGGAAAAGGAUGACAAGAACCAGAGCGCUAUGCACGUGCUCGUACAUGGUGAUCUUUUUGAAAAGGUUUUCAAUGUUGGGCGUGUCGUAGGCCUGGAUGCUGUCGAAGGCAUUCUUGUACUGGGGAAGUUUUGCAUAUAUCUCAUGGACAGUUUCUUUUUCAGGUCCGACCAUGAGAUCGUUGAUGUCAGAGAUGAUUCAGUUGCUAAUGAGCGCGAUCCUUUUUUGCGCUUAUUACACGAACAAGACAUAAACCAUCGUCUUGCAGACGCAAGUACUGAGAGAUCUGUGGCCAGUAACUGGCAUUGGCUUUAUGGUGAGUUAAUCUCGGUGAUGAAAAGAUGUUUUCUUCUCCGUGAUGUUGGCUUAGAAUUGUUUUUCAAAGAUGGAAGAAGCUUCCUAGUAAUUUUACCGUCUAUAAAAGCUCGGGAUUCAUUGCACCAAAUGCUCCUCUCUCGUAAUGAGAGAACAAGUGACGCGUUGACAUUGAACAGUCCUCUUCCGAAGGAAGUUGGAAAAAAACAUACAAUGGUAGGAGCACUUGGCUCAAGACUUGUGAGUGCUUUUUCUAUUGCCGCUACUCAUCCAGCAACGAAACAGUGGGAGCGGCAUGAGAUAUCUAACUUUCAUUAUUUGCAAAUCGUUAAUACUCUUGCCGGACGUACUUAUAACGAUCUAACACAGUACCCUGUUUUCCCGUGGGUUAUUGCAGAUUAUGAAAGCGAGGAACUUGAUUUCUCGGAUCCUAAAACUUUUCGUGACUUAAGCAAGCCAAUGGGUGCUCAAACUCCCGAGCGUAAAGAACAGUUUAUGCAAAGGUAUCAGAUGAUGCUUGGCUUAAAUGAUUCUCAACAAAAGCCUUUCCAUUAUGGUACUCAUUACUCCUCUGCAAUGAUUGUAACGUCGUUUCUCAUUCGCCUUCGCCCGUUUGUUGAUGCCUAUUUGGCUUUGCAAGGUGGUCAAUUCGAUCAUGCAGAUCGUUUGUUUUUCUCCAUCAAACAAACUUGGGACUCUGCAUCUAGGGAUAACAUGGCAGAUGUUCGUGAACUGAUUCCUGAGUUCUUCUACUUAAGUGAAAUGUUCGUCAAUUUGAAUCAUUUUGAUUUCGGUGUCCGACAGAGCAAUGGAAUGGCGAUUGACAACGUCGUACUUCCACCCUGGGCUAAAGGUGAUCCCAUGAUCUUUGUUCAAAAGAACAGAGAAGCUUUAGAAAGUGAUUAUGUCAGUGCCCAUUUGCAUGAAUGGAUUGAUCUCAUAUUUGGCUGUGAUCAAAAGGGUCCGAGUGCCGUCAAUAGGACCAACGUUUUUCAUAAUCUCUCAUACCAGGGCUCCAUUGAUCUUGAGAACAUCGACAAUGAACUUGAACUUGCCGCUACUGUCGGUAUUAUUCAUAAUUUUGGACAGACUCCAAACCAAAUAUUCAAACGACCUCACCCUCCUCGUGGUCUCGAUUUCACCGAUCGUGCGACGGGAAACUUGAUUUUCGGCCGUUUUGAGGACUCCACGGCAGCGCUAAUUCAAAGUUACUCGCCAGUCUUUGAAAUUACUGGUGCUGUUAAUAGCAUCUCUUAUCAGCACGAUGUGGAUGAAUUGCAUGCUCUUCCCUAUAAUAUUAUACAAAUAAGCCGAAACUUACUUCUUCGUUGGGGGCGCAUUGACAAUGCGAUUGAGCUCAUGCCUCUUCAUUCUGAGAAACGCACGCAAUUGUUUGAAGAGCUACAUGUUAAACGCAUUACUCAUCUCCAGGCGUGUGAUGAACGUAGCUUCAUCACCGUUGCUAAGGAUAUGACCCUAAAGUGCUGGCUCAUUUCGCAUGCCAAGCCUACCACGCUUACCUUGAAAUGCGUUCUUAGUGGUCACCAGUCUGAGAUUACGGCGGUUUGUGUCUGCAAGACUUUUAGUAUUAUUGUCAGUGGUGACGAAACUGGACAUUUAAUCAUAUGGGACAUGAACCGUUGUGAGUCUGUCAACAGUAUGAGGAUUGCAAAAGCUCCUAUUCAGACAAUUACGGUAAAUCCUCGAAAUGGAGAUAUCGCUAUUACGCACGGUGUUUAUUGCGUAUUAAUUUCCAUUAACGGUGAUAAGCUCAUUGCUGAUAGACUUACUCGUUCGUUUUCUGGAGAGAACGAGGCUGUCACGGCUACAUGUUUUUAUACUGGAGUUCAUUCUGAAUGGCUUCACCGAGAAUUACUCGUAACUGGUCAUGCAAAUGGGGUCAUCCGUAUUUGGGAAAAGAAGCAGAAAGACAGAAUCCUAAUCGAUACUGUUUCUCGCUUUGACAGUCUUAAAAAAACACCCAAUUGGAGAUAUCAGUUGGUUCGUGAGUUUCAGCCGACCGUUGGAAAUCGGCGUAGUCGGAAGCCGUUGUUCUCGAAGAUCACUUGCGUGUACAUGAAUGGAAAUGCACGCAUGCUUUUUACCGGAGACGUUCAAGGCAGAGUAUUUGCCUGGUCUUUACCUGAUACUGGGUCUAGUGUGCACCUGGAUCAUUCAAAUUCUGCUGAAACUUGUGUUCUUUGUGACACUCGUUUUUCUCUUAUGGAAUGGAGAUGCCAAUGUAGAGCCUGUGGCAACAGCAAUAUAUGCAAUGACUGUAUUGUAACGCUGCCAAAUUCGCAUAUUAAGGUUUGCCGUGAGUGUUCACGUCGUAUUUCUUUUAAUUACAAGAACUACUAA